CCACCGGGCUCGGCCACACCUUCCUGCUUGGAAAUUCACGAGCACCCCUCCCAUACUGUCUCCAAAACUACCACAACCGAUAAUAUCUCCACCCUGCUUACCCGAGCUCAACUCCAACAUGGCCCGUCCAAAGCGCAAUGUCCUUGCCACCAUAGACAGCACAAUCACACCGCCUGACGCUUUGGCGCCGAAUCACGCUAUCGCGCGCAUCACUAAGGCCGAAGGCAAGAACAUCUAUGCCGCCGAGUUGCCAGAUGGCAAGCCUGUCCUUGCAGAACUAGAAGCGAGGUUCAGAUCAACAGUAUGGAUUAAGCGGGGUAGCUAUGUGGUCGUGGAUACCUCUGCUCUGGCGGACCGUGAGAACAAGCUGGAUGGGGAGAUUGUGAACGUGGUGCGCGAUGAGAAGGCGUGGAGGAAGAUGAGCUACUGGCCCAAGGAGUUCGCGAAGAAGUCGACGUACGUCCAAGAUAGCGACGACGAGGAAUCGACCGUCGGCAAGAUGCCGCCCAGCGACUCAGACGAGGACUGAGUUUUUCGUCGCACUCACUC